GUCUAUGGUGGCGAACAUUAGCCUUCAGCUCUGUGAUAAAGGGAGAUGGCUCACCUAGGUUUACGCAGCCUCGCCAAACAUUUUUUCGAAUUCAUUUGGAGAGUUUUCAUUGACAACUUCACAACGUUGAGCCUGUGCAGGGAGAUUCAAACCCGAGGAUGUCACGAGGGCAGCAUGGAACUUACGCGCCUCUGGCGACCCGACUAGGACAGGGUGAUGAUAUCGCUCUGGAUUCAGUACCAACACGGGGAGCACACUCACCGCUUACCAAUACGAGUGUUCUCCCGCAGACCACGUUGAGCGGAACUCCAAGUGACCAACAUGCACGCCGUUCAUCAAGGCCCCAGAUAAGCUCUCCUCUCUUGAACUCGGUUCCGCAGCCGGAUAAUCCACCGAACAAUUAUUCUGAAGAAGAGACUGAACUGCCGUCGCUGGCCCAUAGCCGAGAACCAUUUGUAGGUCGCAACUCAAAUCCAUCUCUACCAUCGGGGCUAGACGAAACUCAACCUCGUGCACUGCCACACCAAUACUUUAAUUCCAAGAGGCAGUUGUGGGUGAUUUUCCGUCGUGGUUUCAAGAAAUUCAUAAGAACUCUGAUCAUAGCCGCCUUGUUAGUGUGUACGAUCUGGCAUUUCUCGCGCCAGAGGGUCAUGAGCAAACAUAUGAAAUCCGUAUUCAAUGCUAUUAAUACCGGAUUAUCCAUGACCUUGGGCAUGUGUGUUGCCGAAGGGUUCAAGUCCAUGGCCGUUGAUAUUCGAUGGUGGAUUCUAAGCAGGAAGACGAGGAGCCUUCCCGAAGUGGAUAAAAUACUCCGCGCAGAUAGUCUUAUGGUACUAGGGAAAUUUGCCUGGCGGAAAUUUUGGUCUCGUCAUCUUUGCCGUGAUUGGGGUCUCAUCUUAGGGAUCGCAAUUUGGUGGCUAGUCAACGUUGCCGCUCAAGUGUCAAUUGCUGCCGUGGGCUUGGCUUAUGGUGUAGACAAAGAAGGCUCCAUUGCCCAAACGACACCAGGCAAUGUUUUGCUUCCCAAUAUGACGCAGAUCUUUCCGGUGGGGACCCCAGAUGCAGGUUCAAUUGAAACUCAACAGUAUACUGCAAAUAGCUUUGGGAACAUGGCGUUAAGUUUUCCAAAGGGUUAUAGCAGCAACAUCCCUGAACCUGCAACACUGUACUGGUCGAUCAAUGCUCUCUUUUUCUUGGAGUAUGAUCAAAGGAGCUGGACAUUUGUAUUCAUUGACUCCUCGCCGUCAGAUCCUGGAUUUGCUAAUGCCACUGGUGGCCCUUCUGCCAUGUACACGAAUCGAAAAAUCAAUUCGACGUCUUCCUGUCUGAGCUACGCAGUCAUUGCAGGAGGAAAUGGAACCUCUGAAAACUUGACAGUACAGGAAGAUUCCAGCGGAGACUCAUUCAAGGUGCCUUUGCCCAUUGCUCCUGGUCCAGACACCACUAUGUAUGUGACCAAACCGGAUUCGACCUGUGGGGAAGGAUGUAGCAUUAUUGACGCAUUUGAGACUUCGCACACUACAUCCUGGUACUAUCAAUGCAAUAUCACAGUUGGAAAUGUCACCAACGGUAAGCUACCAGAACACGAAGUUGGAAUCAGCCUCCGCCAGAUGGCAUCAGCUGGCAUUGCGCUCCAAGGCCAUGGUUUGAAUUCCCGGCUUCCCGGAUCCCAACAAUUCCAAGUCUAUCCUUCAGCAUCUCCAUACGGAGUCCCACAGAAAGGAGAUACCGAUGGCAUGGGGUCAAACAUUGCUAUGUUCGCUAUGGGGGUUGUUUCAAUGGCUGCAAUUUAUACAACCCACGCCUUUAACGUCACCGGCCUCCAGCCGCAGAUUGGCAAUGAACUAAAAGUCGAUCACUGGAAUUAUGUCUGCGUGAUCAUGGGACUUAUAGUUGGAAUUCAAGGUGCUUCUUUCGUCUUAACCGCAUUCUGGGCGAAUAGGGUCGUGGUUAAAGAUCAAAGUGUAUUUUCUACCGCAAGAUUGCUAAGACCGUUGUUAGACAAACUGGAUGAUAACGGGACGGCGAUGAGUGGAAAGGAUAUCUGUAAGGUGCUAGAUCCAAGACAGGAGAAGAGGUACAUUUAUACAGUUCCUAAAGGCAGGGGUGGGCCGUAUAGAGUGGAGUUGGGUGAUUAUCCGAGGCGCAGAUGUUUCCCUGAAGGGGUGUAUAAUUAAGUUGUGAUGUGGGCUCGUGGUGGACAGAAAAGACGGUUUUGAAUGUCCUAAAUCAAGUAGGAUCAUUUUAGAUAUUCUCCCACGGAAUAUCCCCUAGUACCCUGGUAUAUUGAAAGAGUAUAUUUUUCGAAUAUCUUGGAAAUCCCCAAAAAUACAUUAAGC